GUGGAGAAGGGUCCAGUUUUGUCUGAUGCUAUAAAUAGUUCCCUCCACCAUCCAUCUUCUUCACAACCAACUCUCCAUCUUCUCCCUUCUCGUCUCCACUAAUGGAUCGCUACUGCUUCGAUUACCCCUCCGAUUUCUGCAACUCCUCAAACAUCUUCAACUCCAACAAUUCUCCCCUUUCUGUCGCCUCGUUUCCUGACGCCGCCCUUCCUUCCGACUACAUGGUCGUUCCGCAGAUGGAGGCCGGCUUUCGGGAUUUCUCCGCCUGUGAUUACAAUCAGAGUGAUUCCGGUGAAGAGUGCUGGCCGCCUUACAGUCCCAUGCUUGCUGAAAACUGGGGGAUACAAGGGAAGGCGGCGGAUGAGAGCGAUCAGGUGAAGGUGGGGAGAUAUUCUGCUGAAGAAAGGAAGGAUAGAAUUCUCAGAUAUCUGAAGAAGAGAAACCAGAGAAAUUUUAAUAAGACCAUCAAGUAUGCCUGUCGGAAAACCCUAGCAGACAAGCGUGUCCGAGUUCGCGGGAGAUUCGCAAAGAACAAUGAAGCCUCUCAAGAUGAAAUGUUGAUGGACUCGACCUCUUUUCAACUAAACUAUUCAUUUCAAGACGAGAUGGUGAAGUACGAUGAGGAGUAUUGGAUCCAAGUAGCAAUGGACAAUCUUGGCCACUUUCCUUACUUAGGCAGCUAGAAUCGGCGGUCGGAAUUAUCAUAUAUUUUGAUGUUUAUUUUAUGAUAUUGAAUUGCAAUCCUAGACUCUCAAUCGACGAUGAUUAAUAUAUCAUGAUUUUUCCAA